AUAUUUCUGAGAGUCGGACAAUAAGUCCGCGGUCACACUGAUGUUAACUUAAAAAUGGCCAGGUAAACUUCAUCAAAAGACACCGCGCGGGCAUAUACCAGGUUCAACUCGGAGCAGCACGGGAAAAAAAAAGAAAAUUCCGAACUUUGUACCCGCGCACAUUCCCAGUAAGCAGCAGCCGGCAAUAGCGUUCCGCUCUUUGACAGACCAGCUAGUAAAUGUUUCGUGGCUGACACCCGAAACCUGACACCCAGCCCAGCAGCAACAGGUUCCAGGCCGACGAGUCAAUAUUUUGGGACCACUUUUAAUCUACCAUCGACCAGAAAUAAACCUUUUGGAAUCACUAUGGCAACCGUCGAAAAGGUGUCCACGGAGCGAAAGGCGAAUCCGGCCAAAUCUUUCAUCACUGGCGGCUUUGGUGGAAUCUGUAAUGUUCUUUCUGGGCACCCGUUAGAUACCAUAAAGGUACGUUUGCAGACAAUGCCGCGGCCGGCGCCGGGUGAGCAACCACUUUACAAAGGCACCUUUGACUGUGCUGCGAAAACCAUAAAGAACGAAGGUGUUCGCGGGCUCUACAAGGGCAUGUCAGCUCCGUUAACGGGUGUUGCACCUAUUUUUGCCAUGUGCUUUGCGGGCUAUGCGUUGGGAAAACGUUUACAGCAACGGGGGGAGGACGCCAGGCUCACCUACUCACAAAUUUUUGUCGCCGGUUCGUUUUCGGGCCUCUUCUCCACGCUGAUUAUGGCACCGGGAGAGAGAAUCAAAGUCCUGCUGCAAACGCAACAGGGGCAGGGUGGUCAGCGUAAAUAUAAUGGAAUGAUCGAUUGCGCUGCGAAGCUUUAUAAGGAAGGAGGACUGCGCAGUGUCUUCAAGGGCAGCUGCGCCACCAUGCUCAGGGAUUUGCCCGCCAACGGACUAUACUUCCUGGUAUAUGAGUAUAUACAGGAUGUGGUCAAGGCAAAAUCGGAAACAGGCCAGAUUAAUACUGCCUCAACCAUUUUUGCUGGCGGCGCUGCUGGGAUGGCGUACUGGAUCUUGGGCAUGCCCGCUGAUGUCCUAAAGAGUCGCCUGCAGUCCGCCCCUGAGGGUACUUACAAACAUGGCGUUCGCAGUGUAUUCAAGGACCUGAUUGUCAAGGAUGGUCCACUGGCCUUGUACCGAGGCGUUACGCCCAUUAUGAUUCGCGCAUUCCCAGCCAAUGCGGCCUGUUUUUUCGGUAUUGAGCUGGCGAACAAAUUUUUCAAUGCCGUGGCACCACAGUUCUAAAUGCAAACAGUUUGUUUUCUCUCUUGAGAACGUUAUGAAUAUAAAAAUAUUCAGUUAAGUAAUAAAGUUAUGUUAAAUAAAUGCAUUUUUUGAUAUGAAA